CUAAUUGCCUUAAAUUCCGAAAAAGGACUUUCGCAACUUAGCACUCUCUCUCUCACGCACAGACAGAACACCCUAAUGGCUGAUAUUGAAGAAGUCCUAGGGGACCUGAACAAGGAUUCCUUUGUCUCACUCUUGAGAAACCUCAUUGGAGAGUCCAAAUAUGUCCAAAACAACCCCCCAGAGCUGAUCCCUGAAGAAGACAGGGUUGUCAAGCAUGUGUUGAAUUCUCUUCUUCCUUACAGCACCACCACUGGAGGAGGUCCACUGAUUGUGAAUCAUGUCUCUUAUUUCCCUCAAAGAGGCAAUCUUAUUGUGGAGUACCCUGGUAACGAACAAGGAAAGAUCCUGUCUUUUGUUGGCAUGCACAUGGAUGUUGUCACUGCCAAUCCUAAUGACUGGGAGUUUGAUCCAUUUUCAUUGAGCAUCGAUGGAGAAAAACUUCGUGGCCGUGGAACCACUGAUUGUUUGGGACAUGUUGCCCUUGUGACUGAACUGAUGAAGAAGUUGGGGGAGACGAAGCUGAAAUUGAAGUCAACAGUAGUUGCAGUCUUUAUAGCCAAUGAGGAGAAUUCUUCCAUAACAGGGGUCGGUGUGGAUGCACUUGUGAAAGAUGGUCUGCUCAAUAAGCUGAAGGGAGGUCCUCUAUAUUGGAUUGACACAGCAGAUAAACAACCUUGCAUUGGCACUGGUGGUAUGAUUCCUUGGAAACUUCAUGUCAGUGGGAAACUUUUUCAUAGUGGUUUACCGCAUAAGGCUAUAAAUCCUCUGGAGCUGGGCAUGGAGGCUCUUAAAGAGAUACAGUCACGAUUUUACAGGGACUUUCCACCUCAUAAGGAAGAGCAAGUAUAUGGAUUUGCAACACCAUCAACUAUGAAGCCAACUCAAUGGAGUUAUCCAGGAGGUGGGAUCAAUCAAAUUCCUGCUGACUGUACAAUAUCUGGAGAUGUCAGGUUAACUCCCUUCUACAGUGUCGAAGAUGUGAUGAGCAAACUACAAAAGCAUGUGGAUGAUAUAAAUGAGAACAUUGAGAAGCUUGGCACAAGGGGCCCAGUUUCAAAAUAUGUACUACCAGAAGAAAACCUAAGGGGGAGUCUUGCCGUGACCUUUGAUGAGGCAUCUUCAGGAGUUGCCUGUAAUCUAAAAUCACGUGGCUUUGAAGUGUUGUGUAAAGCAACUGAAAAGAUAGUUGGGCAUGUAAAACCGUAUUCAAUUACAGGGACUCUGCCACUAAUUCGAGAGCUGAAAGAUGAAGGUUUCGAUGUUCAAACAGCAGGCUAUGGUUUAAUGGCCACAUACCAUGCCAAGAAUGAGUACUGCCUGCUUUCUGAUAUGUGCCAAGGCUACCAGAUUUUUACCAGCAUCAUCUCUCAAUUAGAAAAUUGAUUCGCAGCGAAGUGGAUGACAUAACAACAACACCACCAGAUACCAGAUGAGUAGCUUGUUACGUUAUAGAAAUAAAUGAUUGUCAUGUAAACUCUGUUAAUUUGAAGUUUUGAAGGGCAUCUAAUAUGCUUUUUCAGCAAGAGUUGCCUGCUGCUUGGAAUAUGAUGUUUCUGUUCCUCAUCUGGAUAUUAUUCCAUUUAUAGUUUUUCCUUUCCUCUUAGUAGAUUUGGCGCUUGGACAGUCAUUUGAUGAUUCUCAUAAACAACUUUCCUUGCAUUCA